AUGGGUAUCUUAGUGAACGACACUAUCCUCAGACUGUUCUUGGGCAACCUUUUUACAUGUACCAUCCCCCUAGGACUCCUUUUUCUCUAUUUCAUCUCUCUAGGGACUUACAACAUCACGUUCCAUCCCCUCGCAAAGUUCCCUGCAUUCACUGGCUGGCAUGAGACGUACCACGAACUCUUUGGUGCACCUGGCAAGACUUUCGGCAACAAGAUCCAAAAGAUGCAUGAGGACUAUGGUCCUAUCGUACGUAUAAACCCUCACGAACUUCACGUCAGUGACCACGGAUUUUUCGACGUUCUAUUUGCGGGAGGGAGCGCUCGCCGUGACAAGUAUCCGCCGAGUGCUAGUGUCCAGGGCGCUCCUGGUGGUAUUUUUGGUACCUUGAACCACGAUGCUCAUCGAAUGCGCCGAUCUGCCAUAUCCGGCUUCUUCUCCAAGCAGUCUGUGGUUGUCCACGAAGGACUCAUUCACGAAAAGCCCUGCGAAGUUUUCAAGACUUACGCCACAGAGGGCAAUCCCUUCGAUAUUCACGUCCCGCUCUUGGCUUAUGCUAUCGAGUCCUACUGCGCCCAUGCGCUUGGCGAGACAGACCAGGCAAAGUGGAGAAAAAGCAUCAUUGGUCUUCUUCAUUUCAACCCUAUUGUUAGACAGUUCCCAUGGUUUCUAUCAUUCGCGUUUGAACUUCUAAUGUGGCUUAUUCGACCGGUAUCGUCAGAUUUGGCUUUAGUAACCCGAGUUUUACUGUCAUUAAAUAAUUUUAACAGGUCUAAAACUCUGGUAGGUCAUGGAAGACCAAGCCAAAGAGGCCAUCAAGUCUCGGAAGACAAUGGCAGCCUGAUGCAAGCGAUUCUUACUUCGAACUUGCCUCAGGGCGAGAAGGGCUUCAAGCGAAUGGCCCAAGAGAGCUUCACUGUCUUGACAGCUUCGGGAGAUACGAUCGGCAGAACUCCGACCACUGCUGUAUACCACCUGCUCUCAGAUCCAAACCAACUUGCCAAGUUGAAGGAAGAGCUGAGGGCCGUGAUGCCAGACUCCAGUAUGGAUGUGCCGCUGAGGAAGCUCGAAAGCUUGCCGUGGAUUACCGCUGUCAUCAAAGAGUCACUUCGGAUCUCUACGCUUGUUACUAUGAAAGUUGUGCUGCAAGCACCUACCGAAUGUCUCGCAUACCAAGAUUGGGUCAUCCCCACAAACACGCCAAUCGGCAUGACAUUCGCCGAUCUGAUGAUGGACCCCGAGGCCUUUCCAGACCCUAGAAGGUUCGAUCCCGAGCGGUGGCUCGAGUCUCACCCUCUUUAUGCCCAGAACACGAAAUGCUUCUUCCCUUUUGGGCGCGGACACCGCAAUUGCAUUGGACUCAAUCUUGCUCGGGCAGAGAUGUAUGUUGCACUUGCAAAAAUAAUGAGUCGAAUUGAUAUGGAAUUAUACGAUGUCAUCAGGGAAAGGGAUGUUGACCACUAUCGUGACUGCUUCCUGGGCGAGCCUCGAGAUGAUACGAAAGGCGUUCGGGUCAAGAUUCUUCGUCUUUUGGACUAG